AUGGACGGUCCGAGAUCGUCCUUGAACGGCAGUAACCAACGUCGCAAGCUCGUCAAAAAACACCCCUCCCAUUCCCACAACCGCUCCUCAUCAGGCUUCGACGAUUCCCAGUCGCUCGGCAGCAGACACAGUUCCCAGAGUCUCUGCAGGACGCCCAGCGCUCCUCCGCCUCAAUCGUCAUUCACCAGCCCUUCCGUCAACUCGUCGCCCAGGCAGUUGGCCGCGUCUCAGUGGCCGUCGAAUGUCUCGCAUCCUGUCGCCCAGGGAGAGUUUGCCGCCACGUCCAGCAUAAUCAACACCGCCGCUCCAUCGUCAGGGUCCUACCCGCUCCAGGCCCAUCGCCCAACAAACCGACUCUCCGAUUCCCACACUCGUCGACAGAGCAGGGAGCAGCAGUGUGACCACCUUCUCGGCGCACCUUUCGACGGUGCCGCCAUCCUGAGCCGCAUAGAAUCUACCAAGCGCAUCAGCCCGCCGAUAUCCACCACGCCAAGCAAACCCGUCUCGCAGAGCAUACUUGUGAGCCCGGCACUACGAUCAUCACGGAGUUUUGGGAACAUGGAGCCCGCCAUUGCGGAGAAGAUUCACGGUGGCAGGAUAGUUGAUGCCCACGCCGCGACGCCCAAGCGUUAUUCCGACGAGGGCAAAGAGUCCAAACCACCCAUGCUGCGCAAAAAAUCCGGCUUUUCGGGCUUCGUCACCAGCCUGGUUGGAUCGCAAAAGAAGCCCGUCAUUUCAGCGCCAGAGAAUCCCGUUCAUGUCACGCACGUGGGAUAUGACAGCACCACCGGUCAAUUCACGGGACUGCCAAAGGAAUGGCAGCGACUGAUAAACGAAAGCGGCAUUCCCGAAAAGGAGAGGCGGGAGAACCCGCAGACCAUGGUCGAUAUCCUGCAGUUUUACAAGGAAACCACGGAGCGCCCUCCCGAAGAUCAAAUUCUGGAAAAGUUUCACCAUGCCGGACCAGCAGAAAACCGUCAGUACAGCGCGCCUACCUCGCCCAACAUGUAUCCUGCCAACUACAUGGGGAGUUUCGAGAAUCCCCGCGCGCCACCUCCCGUUCCUGCCUCGAAAGGUCCCGGCCGAGAUAUGAUGCCCAGCCGGCCGGCCCCCAAACCGCCCGUUAGCAUGACCAACCGGCCGGUGCAGCAGUCAGGCCCGUAUCAGCCCAAAGACUCGGGCAUCGGCCUACCUCAACAGCCAGACGACAUGGUACCGACCAAAGCGAGAGAGAGUGCGCCAAUGUUGCCGGAAGAACAUCGGUCGAGGUCAAACUCGCGCGCAAACGGUCAAUCUCCGUUCAGCUCCCCAACACCGCAGUCUAGUCAGGCUCCUGGUCAAGGACCGGCAUAUCACCAGCAGCUGAUGCAGCAACAGCACGAGCAGGCUCUGGCGCAAGCCCAAGCGGCCAUGUCUGGCCACAUUGGUCGUGCUCCCAGCAAAAGACAAGCCCCUCAGCCGCAAGGCGCCGUUCCUGGCCCCCAUCAUAACGCGGCUUACGCUCGACCGGGAGAGGUGAAUGGACACGGGCAUGCCUCGCGUCAACAUGCUGGGCCAGGUCCUAUAGUACCAGGCGCGAGGCCCAGGCAGAGAACCCGGCAAAGCAACGGCAUCGACGUUGUGGCGUCUCUCAGGCGCAUCUGCAACGACGGCGACCCGCGAGAAACCUUUCGUGGGUUCACCAAGAUUGGGCAGGGCGCCUCGGGCGGUGUUUUCACGGGCUACGAGAGGGUAACGAACCGCCUGGUCGCGAUCAAGCAGAUGAACCUGGAGCAGCAGCCUAAGAAGGAUCUGAUUAUCAACGAGAUAUUGGUCAUGAAGGACAGCUCGCACCCAAACAUUGUCAACUUCAUCGACAGCUACCUCUGCGGGGGUGAGCUCUGGGUGGUGAUGGAAUUCAUGGAGGGCGGCAGCCUGACAGACGUUGUCACGUACAACAUAAUGACUGAAGGGCAAAUUGCGUCGGUUUGCAAGGAGACGCUGAAGGGGCUGCAACACCUUCACUCCAAGGGCGUCAUACAUCGUGACAUCAAGUCGGACAACAUCUUGCUGUCCAACGAAGGCAACAUCAAACUCACCGACUUUGGCUUUUGCGCCACCAUCAACGAAGCCCAAAACAAGCGGACAACAAUGGUUGGCACGCCCUACUGGAUGGCUCCAGAGGUGGUCACGAGAAAAGAGUAUGGCCGAAAGGUGGACAUUUGGUCCCUUGGAAUCUUGGCAAUCGAGAUGAUUGAGGGCGAACCACCCUAUCUGACCGAAUCGCCGCUACGGGCCUUGUGGCUGAUUGCGACCAACGGCACGCCGCAGAUCAAGAACGAAGACGACCUAUCGCCUGUUUUCCGGGACUUUCUCUACUUUGCUCUCAAGGUCGACCCUGAGAAGAGAGCUAGCGCCCAUGACCUUUUACGGCACGAGUUCAUGAAAUUUUGCGUGGAUCUAGGCCAGCUCGCCCCCCUUGUCCGCGCCGCCCGAGAGCAGAGGGCUCAGGAAAAGGCCAGAAAGCAGUAA